AUGGCGGCGCUCGUCGCUUCCGGCUCUGCUGAACUCCCCGACGGCGUGAUCCUGACUGAGACCCAUGGCGGCCCCCACGGAAACGCGUACUCGGACGUGGGCGUUGUGAAGCCGGGGCAAGUCGUUAAGGCUAUCACGGUUCGCAGUGGCAAGCGCGUGAACGGCGUCGGUCUUACAAUUGAGGGACUUCCGGAACCCGUGUACCAUGGCGGCCAUGGAGGCAGCAAGGACACACGCACUCUGGCCAAGGGCGAGAUCGUCACGAGCAUGGAAGUUCACUGGGACGAGCAGCACAGUCACACUCGCGUCUUCUUCAUCAACUUCACGACCAACUUUAACAACUCAAUCUUCGGAGGCACACCCAUGAUCGACUCGUCCCUUAUCGCAAAGGACACCGCCGACGAUGGCUAUCAGCUUGGUGGCUUCAGCGGAUAUGCUGGCAAGGAGCUCGACUCGGUGGCCGCCCUUUGGACCCGCAUUAACGCUGACGACAAGUAG